AUGGCUUCUUCAAAGCUCAGAAAUUCAUGCUCAUUUCUAAAUGUUCUCCUCUCAUUUCUGAAUUUCAUUCUCUUUAUUCUCUCUGCUGCCUCUUUGGCUCCAACAAUUUUGAUCAAAAUGCCACCAACUUCACUGGCCUUCGCAUUCUUGAUGGUUUCUUGCAUUUCCCUUUUGUCUUCUUUCAUAGGUUUUUACUCCCACCUCACUCACUUUUGCUACAUAACCCACAUAUCUCUCCUAAUCGCCUCGUCGAUUGCUCAAUUAUUCGGCAUUUUGGCCUUGUUCACCAAGGAGAAGUUGAGCCUUUCGAUGCUAAAAUCUCCGAGAGAUCCUAGAGAGGCAAAGCUUCUGGUGAGAUUAGAAUGUGGGAUUUUAAUGGCCAUGUUUGUUAUGCAGUUGGGCGUGCUGACACUGACUUGUGCUGUGCAUAGUUGUUGGUUGAGAGAAUACGAAGGAUUGGAAGCAGAGAGAGAAGAGACUGCGAAGAAGAGAAGACAAAAAAUUGCUAGAGUGCAAGAGGAAUCCAUGGCAAAUGCAGCAAAAAUUGCAGAGAUCAAGGGGAAGGAAUUUGAUGAAAAAAUGAAGAACAAGUAUGGUCAAUGGAUGAAGUGA